AUGACGGGCUCCGGCUUCGGCUGCGCCUCCGCGGGCAGAGUCACCGCCGCUCUCUUGUUAUCCUUCCUGGCCGCGGCCACUCCCGCUGCCGCCUCGGCCGAUCAACACCGUCUCGUCAACCAGGACGUGUUCCUACCCCCUUCUCCGGGCUUUGUCCCGCGGCCCGAGCCUCCGCGCCCGGCAGAACACACCUUUACGCUACGACACAUCUACCACCAUGGCACCGACCGCCACCCGCGACUGCACCGCAAGCGAGACGUCGUCGGCCGCGACGACUCGUCACCCCGCGUCUUCUUGGCCGCCGAAGACGACUAUCCAGAGCACGACUUGACACAUCUCAGGGCCAAGAGCAGGCCGCAUACGAUAGAGCGCCUCGUGGACCGGCGACCUGCCGUGGUAGAUGCCAUGGUCGCUCGGGCUCGCCACGACGGAUACGCGGCCGUCCUCGAUGCGUCUGCCUGGACUAUGGAUGAGGUCCCGACGCCCGAUGUCACUGACAAGAACACGGUCCUGAGCUUGGCAUACAUGACGGCCGACGCCUAUGUCGAGGACGAAGAUGGCGCAGACUGGGAGGAGGUUGGCCAGCCGUUCAACCGCAGCGUCGAUUUCGGGUGGCAGACCGAUGGGCUCCGGGGCCACGUCUUCGCCGACGAAACCAACUCGACCAUCGUCAUCGGCCUCAAGGGCACCACUCCCGCCGUGUUCGACGGCGAUGGCACAACGACGAACGACAAGAUUAACGAUAAUCUCUUCUUCAGUUGUUGCUGCGCGCAGCAAGGCCAGUGGACGUGGCACAAGGUCUGCGACUGUGCCACGGGCACAUACUCAUGCAACAACACCUGCGUCACUCAGGAGCUGCGCGAGGAGAACCGCUACUAUGCUGCCGCCCGGGAGCUCUUCUCCAACGUCACCGAGCUGUAUCCAGAUGCAGUCGUGUGGUUGACGGGCCACUCGUUGGGCGGUGCAGUCACGUCACUUCUUGGCUUGACGUACGGCUUGCCGGCCGUUACCUUUGAGGCCGUACCCGAGGCUCUUGCUGCAUCUCGCCUAGGUCUUCCCGUCCCUCCCGGCUCCGACCCGAAGGCGCCUCAGACACGCGAGCACACGGGGUCGUUCCACUUUGGCCAUACUGCGGACCCCAUCUACAUCGGCACUUGUAACGGCGCCACUGCUUCUUGCUCAUUUGCCGGCUACGCCCUAGAGACGGCUUGUCACACCGGCCGCGAGUGUGUCUGGGACGUGGUGGCGGACAAAGGGUGGCGAGUUGGCAUUGGCACACACAAGAUUCGUGCCGUCAUCUCAGACGUGAUUCUGAAGUACGACGACGUUCCCGAAUGCAACUUCACCCCCGAAUGCCGCGACUGCGCCCCAUGGAAGAUCAACUGCGACAACGUCGUCGUCGACGUCCACGUCCACGUCAUCUACCUCGACCUGCGAGACGCCUGGCUGGUUCUGAUAUAG